GUCUCAGGAGAUCUCUGAUUAUUAAGCCUUCAGCUAAAGACUCACCAUGACUUCUCCAUCUGUACUUGCUGGAUUGUUGGCGGCGUUUGCCUGUCUUCUUCUUCCAUUCUGUGCUGCUCAAGCAACUUGCAGAGGUCGCUGUGGAGAGCCGUUCUCACGGGGCCAGGUCUGCCAUUGUGACUACAGAUGUCUCUUCCAUAAUGAGUGCUGUGAAGAUUUUGAGUCUACAUGCACCACUAGUGGCUCUUGUGUAGGACGAUGCGGUGAGCCCUUCAAGCGCGGUCAACAGUGUGACUGUGAUCCCAACUGUGUCCUCUACAACCAGUGCUGCCCUGACUUCCAGACUCAAUGCAAUGCGGAAUCUCCAAAGAACACACCAAUGAAGAAGCCAGACCUCAAACUUGAGGCACCUCUAACACCUACCAGUGAGAGUGAGGAAAUGACCGCAGAGCAGUUUGAUAAUGAGUUUCCAAACUCCCUCGCUGCUCCUGUCCAGCAACCAGAAGAAACAGUUGUGGAAACACCAGUCCCACCCAUCAAGGUUCUUGUGGCUCCCCUGGGCCCAAAGAAUACAGACGGGUACGAGCCCAUACGGGUUGUGGUACAGGAAGUGUUGCCUUCACAUGAUGGAGCCAUUCAUGGUAUGGAUCCAGCAGUACCAGAACUAGGACCUGCUGCUUCAGCAACAUUGCCAGCUGGUCUUCAGCCAAUUGCUGUGAUCGUCGGAGAGACAGAGCAUCAGGUGGCUCCAUCCAGCCCAGCCAACCCCUUUGGCCCCGACUCCACCUCAGGGAAGCCUGUCGCCACCGUCUCUCUGGAAGUCAGAGUCUCCGCCUCCAAAACAGCUGAAGGCCCCGAGCGACCCAGCACGCUAGCAGAUGUCGCUGAAGCCCUUGCGUCCAGUAACCCUGACGGCUCUCUUACAAACCUCUGCAAUGGCCAGCUCAUUAACGGAGUGACGGUUCUACUCAACGGAACAAUGGUCGUCUUCCGAGGUCACUUCUUCUGGACUCUAGAUGUUAACUUUACACCCAGCCCUGCUCGCAGGAUCACAGAAGUGUGGGGUGUCCCCUCGCCCAUUGAUGCAGUCUUCACCCGCUCCAAUUGCCAAGGCCAGACCUAUAUCAUCAAGGGGAACAACUACUGGAGGUUUGAAAAUGGUGUAAUGGAUCCAGGUUACCCCAAGACCCUUUCUGUUGAAUUUAAUGGCCUGUCUGGGAAGAUUACGGCAGCUCUGUCUGUGCCUGCCACCAGGAGGAGGCCAGAGUCUAUAUAUUUCUUCAAAAAAGAGGGCCUCGUACAGAGAUACUCCUACGAAGCUGGGGCCGUGCCUACCUGUGGAAAGAAGUUCCCCGUCUACAGCGGCGAAAAGUCCCCUGCAGGAGAAGCAGAGAUCGGCCUGGGUAACGAGAUCAACAUAAAACUAACAUGGAAAGGAUUCCCGUCUACCGUGACCUCCGCUGUGUCCACACCUAAUCCACGCAAAUCUGAGGGAUACGACUACUAUAUCUUCUCUAAUGACAAGUACCACAACGUUAAAGUCGUCGGAGAUCGGCUGGCACCGGUCUCUGCCCUGCCCCGCGGCGCCAAGAACACGGAACGCCACUGGCUGAGAUGCCUGUAGGUGGCGCUGAAGAACGACCUAACGGG